AUGGUGUCGGCGGGCACCAGGCUCGCAGGCCACUUCCGCCGCCCUGCCACCGCCGCUCACGCGCCCGCCGGUAGCCACCCGACCGCGCGCCACAAGGCUGAAAUGGGAGUGGCAGCGACACGAGCCAGUCAGCAUGGGACUCGAGAGACGGACAACCAAUCCACGCGGAGCCCCCUCAGUGGCAGCUGGCGAUACUCAGAGAGCCUGGAGACCCGCCUGGAGAGGCGCACGGUGCUCGGCUUGCUGUGGUGGUGGGCCCCCAAACUCCCAGUGCUGUCGGGGUGGAAGCCCACAGAAAAACGCAGCUCCCCGCCACCCCCAAGCCAGCCUCCAGCAUGUGCCCUUGCUGUUUCCUCAGGGUUUGGCCCUUUUGGGGAACACACGGUGAACGCCAGCUGGAUUGCAGUCCAGGAGCUGGAGAAGCUGGGGCUUGGCGACAGCGUGGACCUGCAUGUGUAUGAGAUUCCAGUUGAGUACAAGACUGUCCAGAGGCUCAUCCCCGCCCUGUGGGAGAAGCACAGCCCACAGCUGGUGGUGCAUGUUGGGGUGUCGGGGAUGGCGACGGCAGUCACGCUGGAGAAGUGCGGGCACAACAAGGGCUACAAGGGGCUGGACAACUGCCGCUUCUGCCCCGGCUCCCAGUGCUGUGUGGAGGAUGGGCCUGAAAGCAUUGACUCCAUCAUCGACAUGGAUGCUGUGUGUAAGAGGGUCACUACGCUGGGCCUGGAUGUGUCAGUGACCAUCUCACAGGAUGCUGGCAGGUACCUCUGCGACUUCACCUACUACACCUCCCUGUACCAGAGCCACGGCCGCUCGGCCUUCGUCCACGUGCCCCCCCUGGGCAAGCCGUACAACGCAGACCAGCUGGGCAGGGCGCUGAGGGCCAUCAUCGAGGAGAUGCUGGACGUCCUGGAGCAGUCGGAAGGCAAGAUCAGCUGUCGCCACAAACACUGAGAGCCACUCAGGCCUCCCAGGACCUCGUCCCACCGGGGACCCUGGGAGAGACGUCCGCCCUCGGGGCCUGGCUGGGAAGGACAAGCUCAUCAGCUGGGAUCGGAUUUGGAUCAAAUGUCUUGACUUACACCUGCUCUCCCUUUUUCUCUGCACAAGUGCUGGUGGGUGUGAUGGAGGUGGCUGCAGAUUGUUUCUCUGUUUCCCUUUGCAUCUGGGGACACGGCCACGAUGGCGGGGAGGCUGGGGGUCCUGGUUUCCGCAGAGAAUCCUGGUCGAGUGCGUCUCCUGCUGGGGUCCCACAGCGGGGGCCGCCUGUGCACUUUUCUAAGUCUCUGUGAAGGGAUGCCCGAGCUCCCUCCACCUGGGAUGGGUUUUUCCCGAAUUUAACAGCCUCUCAGACAGCCUC